AUGACGGUGGAGGAUAAGGAGGAGGACGAGGAGGAAGACGACGAGGACGAUGAUGAGGAGGAUGACGAGCAUGGCGAGGGGGAGGGCGAUGCUGCUGGCAGCAACAGGAAGGGCAAGCAGAGCCGCAGCGAGAAGAAGGCGCGCAAGGCGAUGCAGAAGCUGGGGCUGAAGCAGCUCACGGGCGUGUCGCGCGUGACCAUUAAGCAGAGCAAGAGCACCCUGUUCGCGAUCUCGCGCCCCGACGUGUUUAAGAGCCCUGCGUCCGACACGUACAUCAUCUUCGGCGAGAUCGAGGACCUUAGCGCGCACGUGCAGUCGCAGGCAGCGGAGCAGUUCAAGGUUCCAGACUUCGCAGUUCCCACAAAGGUUGCUGAGGGCGAGGCGGCAGUGGAGACGGAGGAGGAAGAUGUGGAUGCCACUGGUGUGGAGGAGAAGGAUAUUGAACUCGUCAUGACGCAGGCUGGCGUUUCCCGUGGGAAGGCGAUUUCUGCUCUGAAAUCCACUGAUGGAGACAUAGUGGAUGCAAUUAUGCGGCUGACAACCGAGCUGCUAUCUUCCAUCGUCGCACGUGUCGCAGCGUCGGCCAGUUGCCCCGGCGACAUCGCAAAUCUGCGACUAAGCUGUCGCACCAUGCGCGCAACGGCGCACGCCCCCGCAACACUGGCCGCGGCGAGUGCCGCGGCGGUGGAAGUGAGGCUGCGCCAGUGGUGCCCCCACGCGCACCAGUACUUGCGGGAGUGCUGCGAGGCCGGCAACGCCUCUGCCUGCCACUUCCUCGGCAUGCAAGGCAUGCAGCUACUGGCGCGGGCAGCCAUGGCGGGUCACGCGCCGGCGCUCUACUCGCUCGCUGUCAUGCACUUUAACGCCAGUGGACCGCUCGCCACGCGCCCUCGCGAUCUGCCGACUGCGGUGCAGCUGUGCAUGCGAGCGGCGUCGGCGUGCUACGUCCCUGCUCUGCGCGAGCUCGCGCACUGCCUGCAAGAUGGCUGUGGCGUGCCGCAAGACCCGCUCACCGCCCACCACCUGCUCUCUCAGGCCAACCUCCUAGAAGCGUCUCAACGGGUAGCAGCAGCAACAGCAGCAGCUGAAGCAGCAGCAGCAGCAGCAGCAGCCGGUGCUGCUUCUGCUGGUGUUGCUGUUCGAGGCGACAAGUCGACGUCACUGCACGGAUCUGCAGCUUCCGCACCAGCAUCAGCGACAGAGGCAGCAGCAGCGCUCGCAGAAGCACCAGCAUCGGCCAUGAGUGCAAAGGGUUCGAGAGCAACACACUCGGGCCUGCCUGAGCCUAAGCACUGGCCCUCCAUGGGGAGUGGCAGGCUGGGUGGUGGUGCAGUGGACCAAGUGCUAGUGCGUAGCAGUGGCUUCGCAUCUGCUGCCGGUUGUGGCGGGGAUGCGAAGGAAGGGAGCGCGCAGGAGGAGCAGAGAGUGUUUUCCGUGGCCCCUCUCACUGGCGCGAAUGGCCUGGAGGAAAGGCAGGCACGAGAGGAGCAAGAAGUGGGUGAGGAGGAGGAGGAGAGGGGGUGGAUGCGAGGGGAGGAGUGGGAGGUGAUGGGGUCUCCAACGGCCAGUGAGCUGCUGGAGUUGCAAGUGGCAGAGGAGAGGUGUCCCACAGACGGCACACACCGAUUCCUUGUUGACUGGCACGCUGCUGCUGUUGCUGGUGGUGCAGACAGGUGUGCAGGGAUGAUGCGCGAUGGGCCUGUGCAUUGGGGCGGUUCAGCCCGUGAUGCUGGUGCUGCCGCCGUCGCCGCCGCCGCCGCUGCUGCUGGUGCUGGCGUUGGUCGGUGUGGUGGUGGUGGUGGUGGUGGUGGUGGUGGUGGUGGUGGUGGAAAAGGCUGUGAGGUGGCCGGGGAGAUGGGGAUCGAUAUGACUGCAACGAUGGUGGGCGGCGAGCAGGAGGUUCCGAGGGCGGGGACCAGCUCUCGCAAGCGACGACCCUGGAGGAAUGUGGUGAUUCGCACAGAGGGACAAGCGCAGGGGUGGAUUUAG